AUGCAGCUUUCACUCCAAGCUCCGUCUCAAUGCCAGCGAAAGCAACACGUGACGACACAGGACGAGUGAGUUGCACUCGGAUUUUGAGAUUUUCGAGGGCCAACAGGAGCCAAGGAUGUGUCCAACAUGUUGCUUCCCGAGCACAGGACACGAAAGCGAGCACGAACCUCCAGUCACGAAGCCUCAAAUGCGAAUCCUGCGUGCCGAGCCGAAGGACGAGAAUUGCCGAGCCGAACUGAUUGCUGGCCGAGCGAUUUUAGCCACGAACUGAUAAAGCCGCAGCUUCACUGCUGGUCUACAGGCUAGCCACUCGGUCAGUUGAACAUUUUCCAUGCUGUGAUCAAGUUGUCUUUUCCUCUGAGCGCCGAGCGCUGUGCACGCCUUGGACUUGGAACGUUUCGAAAUCGGGCUAAAGAAAUAUUCAAAAAAAAUAUUCAACAUAAUAUUCGCAAAAUCGAGAAAAGAAAAAUCAAAAAAUAUAUAUAAAUGUAGAAAAUAUAGAAACCCCAACUUAAGCUACCAAGUUUAGUGUAUAUUCUCAAGCAGCAAGAAAACAAACAAAAUAUACAAGACAUAAAAAAAUGUUGAAACGACGGACUGACUUACAUGCAUUUUAUUAGUAAAUAACAAAUACAACAAAAAAGAAAAAUUAAAAAAAAAACCGAAUAUCAAUUCAAUUGAAAACACCAACGGUAAAAACAGCAGAAAACAUUUUUGUAAAACAAAUUAUUAACACAAAAAAAAAGGUUUCGCCAGCAAAGAAAAGCAAACAAGAGCGUGGAAUGUUAAAAAUCGCCCAUAAAAUGCAUUAAAUAAAUAAACUAUGGUCAAAAGAAUUUAAUUAAAAAACAAAGGCAAACCAAAUGAGGCAAAAUAAUUAAAACAGUAAGCAAACACAGAGAACGGAAAGCAAAACAACAGCCAUAUUCGACCGCAAAAAUUGAAAAUAUUCUGUAAAUCGAGGAGACGGAUAGGAAAGAGAAAGGGCGUUGCGAAAAGAAAGAGAAGGAGACACGGUACUCGGAAAAAUGAAGUCGACGAAGGCAAACCCUAAGCCCGGAGUGGAUCCCAAAAUUUUGUGCUUUUGUAUUUGCCAAUUUUAAUGAGUGUAGCAAGCAAACCAAGCAAAAAAAAACAAAAACCAAAUCCAAAUCCAAAAAACAGAAACAGAAACCAAAAACUUUAGCAAACGACAACAACAAACACAACAACAACAGAGCAUUUUGUACAACAAACACAAGAACCAGCUAGCAGGUCCCAUCAUAAUCACCAUCAAGCCAAGACAACAACAACAACAACAACUACUCAUUUGAAUUGCAAUAAAUAAAACAACAAGAACAACAAGCACGUACACAAUGUGACAAUAAAACAGUGAGCGCAGUAGCAGCUAGAAAGCUAAAAAGGAAUUUAAUUGCACGCACUAGACGAGAAGUAGCCAUAAAUGAAGCAGAAACAAGAGCAAAAACAGCAAAGACAUCCAAAACACCAACAAAAACAGCAGAAACAGUGAUAAAGCCAAAAAAGACGCACAAGCAGAGAGAAAUCCGCAAAGCGGCCGCAGAAAUUAUACAAAAAAAAAAACAAAGCAAAACCAAACUUCCCCUGUCUUGUCGAAUGUCCUUGCACCUUUAAGCUCUAGCUGUGUGUGUGUGUGUACCUCCCGUUCACAUAUGUGUGUGUGUAUCCCCAGCCACCUCCACCCCCACUCACAAGCGUACCACGAUCGGUGUCCGUGUUUGUCGUGUAGCACCGCGUAGAGCAAUCCAGCACCACCAAACCAAUUAAAAUAUAAUAGAAAAGCACCCUCAGCAAUCACAAUAUCUUAACCACCUGCAAUACCUGCAACACUUGCAACAGCAAUCGCAAUCGCAAUAGUAAUCGACACGGCGGUGCAGCCACCUUAAGAGCCAGCUGAACCACCGAUCUCUGGGGCUGACAGGUCAGAGCGAAUAACCCUAGCCAACCCAUAGCCUCCUGGUAGCUCCCGAUAGCUCCCCCGAUUGAUCCACUCCACCUAACCACAUACCAGCACCACAAUUGCACAUUACUACCAUAGAUAUCCCCGGCAGUACUACUACCGCAUGGAGCGCGGCAGCAGCGGUGGUCAGCAGUCAUCGCAGCACCACCAGCAGCAGCAGCAGCAGCAAUCAUCAUCGCACCACCAGCAGCAGUCGUCGCACCAUCAGCAACAGUCGCACCACCAACAGCAGCGACACCACCAACAUGUGGUGGCCGUGCACAGCUUUGAUCCGUAUCUGACCGCCGGAGGGGCGGACGAGGAGCAUACGUCGGGCACCUCGUCCUUUGACAAUCCCGCCACCAAAAAGAAACCGCCCAAGCUGAAGCCCAUCCAUCGAUCCCUGUCCAUGGCCAUCGAUAAUUAUGCACCGUCUUCCGGAGAUCUCGACAUGGAUUUGGAUAUGGAAAUGGGCAUGGAGAUGGGCAUGGACAUGGACCUGGAUAUGGAGAUGGAUAUGGAGGGCGAGGGCAUUGUCAUCAGUGAGAAGCCGCUGAUCCACCGCUCGGCCUCGCCCCUGCCCCAUUCCCGAUCCGGCGCCCUACCCCCGCAGACCCUAGCAAUCCCAGCACAACAGCAACAGCAACAACAUAUUAUAUCCCAUCCUAGCCAGCGUGGCAUCGGUGGUGGUGGUGGCUCCGGCAGUGGUGCCGUUUCGCCAGCCCUAUCUGCCCGCCAGCAACACCAUCACCUCCUCCAACAACAACAACAACAACACCAUCAGCAACAACAACAACAACAACACCAGCAACACCAACAACAACAACAGCAACAUCAGUUGCAUUUGCACACUUUCCAGCAACUUGCUGCACAGGCAGCUGCUGCCCGGCAUCAAACAACCCACCAGCAGCAUUCACUAUCGCACCGCCAACAUCCGCAACAUACGCAACAUACGCAUCCACAUCAGCUUCAACAUCCGCAUCCGCAUCCGCAUCAGCAUGCGCACUCGAAGAGCUCACCAACCUCACACGCGGUUAGCCCGGUGCUGGGCCAGCAGCACCGCCAGCAGCCGGACAUUUACCUGGUCAGCAGCAGCAGCAGCCUGGGCGAUGGUGUCGGCGUGGGCAGCUUGGGUGUGGGCGGCAUGGGCUUGGGCGUGGCCAUGGGCAUGGGGCGAUCGUUGGGCGGGAGCACAUCGCCCAUUCAAUUUAUUGACAUGGACGAUAUGCCCAAUCCGACAAUUGCCCCCGCCCAACGACCAAUGCACACGCAUCCGCUGAAGAAGAACCUAUUCCGGCGAUCCGACACCAUUGACGUCCAUCCGUCUACCAAUUUUCAGAUGAAGAAAACGCAUUCCUUCCACGCGCAACAGGAUCCCGCCGCCCUGGACCAAAUACAGCUGGCCGUUGCAGCCGGUUCGGCGGCCUCAAGUCGACGCACCAGUUCGGUGAGGGGCAACUUCCUAAUGCCCGGUCCACCCGCGGGCGCCAAAGAAAUAUCCCGUUCGCCGUCGCCCAGCCGAAGGGGCUGUCGUUCGCAUCGAUCGUUCAAUGAUCCGGGUCGCAGGCCCAGCGUUAAGCCGGAUUCGGUGGUGGAGUCGCAGAUACGACAUCCAUCGCUAAACGAUGACCUGAUGGAGCCGAUGAACGGACGCAAUCUGUUUGCGGCACCCACCAAUCUGUCGCUGGAGAAUGAGCUGUUCGUGGAUACGCGUUCGCGCAGCAACAGUCACACCAAGAUGGAGGAGCUGGGCCUGGCGGAGAUCACCGCCGCUGCCGUGGCAGUGCAGCGAUUGCGCAAGAGCUCCGGAGCGGGAUCAUUUGAGGAUGCAGCCGCCGGCCAUAGUGCCACCCACCCGCCUUCAGCUGCGAAUAGCGUUAAGCAGAAGCGGGAAUCACACCACCCGCACACCCGCCAAGUGAGUACCCACAGCUUGGAGCUGGACGGACGUCCAUCGACCUCGGCGGCGGCAGCAGCAGCGGCCGCUGCAGCGGGCGGCCAUGGCCUGCAGCUUCACACAGCGGCGGCGGCGGCCAGUGCGGCGUACCACUUCAAGCGGGGCGCCCAGCUCGGUCGCUCGCUCUACCUGUCGCCCAGCAAUCUGGAGGAGCUGACCGUCCACCGGCCAGGUGUUCUAGCGGCGGCAGCCGCCUUCCAGGGCACCAAUGCCAGUGCCAGUGUCAAGCAGGCCAAGGCGCUGCACAGUGCCAGCGUACGGCUGCGCAGCUAUCGGGAGACUUUGAGCGCCUCCAAGAAGUCCAAGAGCUUUAUCGGGGACGCCAGUGUUGGCAGCGGUCCGCAGGCGGGCGACGACUUCGAGCUAAGCUCACCCCACCGACGCAACAGUCGCCCGCUAUCCACAGUUGUGCCUGGAUCCAGCAUCGAGGAGAUCAAGCGGAGUCCACGACCCAUUUCCGCAUCGGCGGCGGCGGCCGCCUUUCUGGAGGAGAAGCGGCCGAGCUUCGAGAGGAAAUCGUCACUGACGUACGACCACGAGUUGAGCGAUGCCGCCUUUGCGGCCCAGGUGCUGAGGCCAUUCCAUCACAAGUUGGCCGCCGGAAGGAAGGGCUCCGUGACCGGAGGCUCUCACAAACUGAAGAAGAAGUCGCUGAGCGAUGACACCGACGAGGAGGAGGCGGCGGAUCGCAAGCGCAAGCGGAUCGUCUGCAUUGUCCUAUCCACGGUCCUGCUGUGCCUGGUCUGCGCCAGCGUGUUCGUACUGACCAUCACGCUGACCUCCAGCUCUGGCCAGGGCGGAAAGAAGGCGCAUUCGUUCAGCAGGGACACUCCCGUCCACUGGACGGGCAUGCGGCCCUCAUGAACUCCAACGCAGAGGCUGUGCUUUGGGCAACUCACCUACCUGCCAGCUGGUUAUCCCCUGACUUUGGACUCGAUUUCGUUAACGUUUGCGUUUUCGCUUCCGCUUCGAUUUCGUGCUGUCGUUCCGCUCCACGUUUUGUUUCCUCUGUGUCUCCGGGUCUCUGGUUGCGCCGGGUUGCCCAACUGACGUUCACCGACUGAGGGAGAGGAGCAAAUAGAGGAGGAGGUGCAGCAGCAACUGUCGCAGAGUCUUGCGACAGGAAAACGAGCGGAGCUACCGCGAGAAUCUGGAGCGCACCUUGAUGAUGAAGAACCGCACCGAGCUGAAUCUGCAGCGCCACCAGAUGGAGAUGCAGAUGC